GGGUCGGGUUUGCAAUUCAACAGCACUGCGGAAGCGGAGAAAACUCGUCACCAGAGCGGACGGGCCAAACAAUAAGCCAGCGUAGUAAUAUCGACUUCACACCGCCCUCGAUAUAUAUAAUAUAUAUAUAUGAUAUUCGCAAGGAAACGGCCACAGCCAGCGGCAAUUGCACAUAAGUUGCAACAAGCAAAGUAACAACUACAGCAACAGCAAAAACAACGUAACAAAAUAGGUAAAACAGUAUAAACAACACAACAUUGUAAGCUGGCUGAAAGGCGUUGCCAGAUUGUUGGCCAACAGCAAUAGCAACAGCUACAGCAGUAGUCUACAACAACGACAACCACAACAAUUGCCCAAAGGGCCAAAUGAACGUUGUCGGCUAGUCCGUCUGUCGCCCGCUUGGUGGCGCUAGCUAGCUGACUGAGCAGCAACAACAACACUGCGCGCUGCCGCUGGAAAUCCUUUCGUCAAUUAGCGAUCUGGCGACGUGUGCGCUUAUGCAGACACAAGGCGAUAGCGGAUUCCAUUGAACUGGCUGCCGGGUUAAAUUUGUUGUCGUAACAUGGGCUGCGUCUUUGAAGCGGCCAAAGAGCAGCCCCACAAACCGAGAAGCAGGCAACUGAGGCGCAACCAAUGCCGUGGAAAAGCGGAAAAGGCAGCAGCGGGGACCAGAGGCAAGGUCGCUGUCAGAGGAAACAACGAAAAGCCAGCUGAGGACAUCAAAAUCAAGGAUAACUAUCAACAAAACCAUAAAACGCAAACCGAAACACAAACAGAAGUAGCAGCAGCAGCAGUAGCAAUAGCAGCAGACGCAGGAGCUGAAACAGAAACUGAAACAGAGGCUGAGGCCCAAAGAGAGGCAGCAACCGGGCCCGAACAUCAGAAAGCGGCGGCUCAAGUGCUUUUAACGAUACGGCAGGCACGUCAGGAGAACAACAAGCACAGUAGUAGUCAAGUGGCUGAAACGCACAAGGACGAAGGCGAGGACGCGUUGGCGCGGCAAGGAUCCAUUGUCGAUACGGCGGCGGGCAGAAUCGGAAUCGAUAUUGCGGCAACAACGAUUCAAAUCGCCGAGCGGCAUGAGGAUGGGCAGCAUUGGCAGCAACACAAUGUCCGCCGGCGAAGGCGCCACCCAGAUCCUGCAGCGGAUCCUGCGAGCAUCUCCAAACUUUCGGCAAUAUCCCUGCAUUUUCACGCCCUCGCCGCCCUAGCGAAAACGCUGCAAAAGCACGAGGACCUGAGUUCUGUCCAGGAUCGCCAGCCCCUAGCGUACCGGGCGUGGCAAGAACAUCCGUAUGCCGAGACCCAACUGCCCGCCACCAUGUCAGCGGCCAUCAUUGCGAAUGUCGGCGCCACGGCAGCGGCCACCUCGGCGGCCGCCUUCCAGUAUCUCGGCCAGCACUACAAGCACUACAGCCAGUCGAUCAGCUUCUAUGCGGCCUCCAGUGUGCUCCUGAUGCUUUGCUAUCUGACCACCGCGUCCACGGCAGCUGCCACGCAGUCGGAGACGGGUGCCCUCGACAAGCAUCCCAUUCAUGGCAUCGAUUGGUCGAAAUUUGAUGAGUCCAGUUCGGAUAAGGAAAUAUUAGAUUUACUGCUUGAGAAGAAGCGCUACGAUAAACGAUUACUGCCGCCUGUAAAUGAUGAAGACUUUUGCUGUGGCUUGCAAUCGCCCGAUAUGGCAACUAAUCAAAAUGCACGGAGACCACACAAUCGCGGCACUCUGACGGUGAACGUGAACGUGCUGCUCCUGAGCUUAGCGUCGCCCGAUGAAAGCAGUUUGAAAUACGAGGUUGAAUUUCUGCUGAACCAGCAAUGGAACGAUCCGCGACUGCAGUAUGGCAAUAAGUCUCAUUAUGACUUCUUAAAUGCUCUGCAUCAUCAUGAUAGCAUCUGGACGCCGGAUACGUAUUUCAUUAUGCAUGGCGAUUUCAAGGAUCCCAUCAUACCAAUGCAUUUCGCUUUAAGAAUAUUUCGGAACGGGACCAUUACGUACGCAAUGAGACGUCACCUGAUCUUAUCCUGCCAGGGAAGUCUUCAUAUAUUUCCAUUCGAUGACCCCAAGUGUUCCUUCUCCAUGGAGAGCAUUUCCUACGAGGAGGCCCAAAUCAAGUACGUCUGGAAAAACGAUGAGGACACUCUGCGGAAGAGUCCUUCGCUGACCACAUUGAACGCGUACUUAAUCAAGAAUCAAACGACGGCCUGCGAUCAGAACAGCUGGAGAGGUAAUUACAGUUGCCUACAGGUCGAGUUGACAUUUACCCGUGAUCGUGCGUAUUAUUUUACAACCGUUUUCAUACCUGGCAUUAUAUUGGUCACCUCGUCGUUUAUCACAUUUUGGCUGGAAUGGAAUGCAGUCCCAGCCCGGGUUAUGAUCGGCGUGACAACAAUGCUGAAUUUCUUCACUACCUCGAACGGUUUCCGGAGCACUCUGCCGGUUGUUUCUAAUCUGACGGCGAUGAACGUGUGGGACGGCGUUUGCAUGUGCUUCAUCUACGCAUCCUUGCUGGAAUUCGUCUGCGUCAAUUAUGUGGGGCGAAAGCGACCCCUGCACAACGUCGUCUAUCGGCCCGGCGAGAAUCCCGUAACACAGCGUCUUCCAGCAGUACUAAGCAGGAUCGGAGUAAUUCUUGCAAGUCCUUUGGCAAGCGCCGCUGCCACGCCGGCCAUGUCGAUGAUGGGCGGUGCCACGCCCAUGUCCAGUGGCACCCCGGCCGCCUCCUCCUCGGUGGCCACGCCCGGCACCCCAAGGACCACCGAUCCGGAGGAGUUCUUCGGCGGCGGCAUGCGUUGGCAGGAGGCCCAUGGCGGAAUCAUUGGAGCUGCUGUCCAGAAUUUGCGGGCACGUUCGAUAAAACGUAAGGCGGCCAGAAGUCCAUCCACUUCCAUAUCGCCGCAUCCCAGUGGACGACCCACUGAGCAUAUCUACGAAGAGCCCGGUGGAUCCACAUCCGGUGUCACAAGUACCAAAGUGAAGUUCAAGGACGAGCUGAAGGAGGAGCAAACGGAGGAGCCAGAGUCCAGCGCCAAACUACGCCGAUCGGUGGCCACCAGCACACCGGCUUUGGUUGUAAGGAUCGAGGCUGAGACCGAUCCGGAGGCGGAAGCCAAGCCCAUCCAGGAUAUGGAAAUGACAGAACGUCAGUUGUCCUUGCCGCUGAAACCGCCGCGUCGCAAGGCAUCACGCUCCAAUUCACCAGCCUCGGUUUACGGCGAUGCAUUCGAGAAUGUGGAAGCUACAGGCGAAAAGCGUCAAAACGCCGGGGCACCGAACGAAAUUGUGGCAUGCACCACCUGCGGCGGCAGCAACAGUCCGUGCACCCAUUCGGCGAAUAAUGGAUGUGCCACGGAGACCUGCUUCGUUCAAGUGCGGAAAAAGGAGCCACCGCAUCCGAUUCGAGUGGCCAAGACGAUCGAUGUCAUCGCUAGAAUUACAUUUCCAACUGCUUAUGCCAUUUUUCUGAUAUUCUUCUUUGUACACUAUAAAGGAUUUUCGUAAAAUUAAGCAAAAACACUACAAGUAAAGCAUAAACAUAAAUAUAUAGAUAAUUGAACACGCUAAAUUGCCGAAGCAAAGCCAGCAAACCCGUAAUGUAAUUUGUAGAGAAACAUGCAGACCGACAUGAGAACUCGUUUGCUAAAUUCUAGGGCCUUGCAAAGUCAUCUAAUUUUAAUGGAACAAAGGGAAACACAAAGUACAUCUAAUUAUUCAUUAACGAUUAUUUAAAUGGCAACAACAUGACAAAACCAGUGAUAAAAACGUCAAAAUGAAAACAUUAGUUUAAACUGAGUUGUUAAUGGGGAAAAAAUGAAUGAAUAAGUUGUUAAUAAUUAAUAUUUACGAAAGUUAAAUUUAUGCAAAUGAGCAAACAUACGAAUGAAACAUUUUCGACUGCCUUUUUUAAAAAUAGUAGAAACAAACCAAAAAAGCAACAAAAAAAAAAACUUUAAAUUAAAUUUGCAAAUUUUUGCAUAUGCUCGAAAAUGCAUUAGUUAAUUAUACCAACCAAAGAAACAAUGUCUAGCAAUUGUAAUAUAUAAUAUUUAAACAAUUUAAUAAGCAAACAAAUUAAUGCUGAAAGUACCAAAAAAGAACACGAUCCAAGAAGAUAAAAAGACCUAGCCUAUAACUAUGAAAUAUGAAACGCAAACCAAACAGCUUUAAGGCUUUACCUAUUUGAGUAGUCGAAAUGAUGCAAACCUGUUUAUACACACAUAUACAUAGAUGUUAUAUAUUUACAAACAGCUCUAGUCGAAUAUUAUGAAAUUAAAACCCAGUUUUGUUCAAUUCAAUUCGAUGAGUUGAAAUGCCUCCCCAUAUGUCAAAGAUUAUGAAACAGAACACACACAAAUUGUUACUCAUCUCACACAGAUUUUUACGUUACGCUUUAUUGUAUAUACUAUUGAUUUAAUGUUUAUUUAAAUUCUGUUUAUUUUUUUCAAUAAAUGUUCGAUUUAUAAAACAGCCUUGAUUUUAACGCAUCGCAUAAAUUCACGGAAAUGAAACCGCCGCAAAGUAGACCACAAUUAAAGCUUUCCUAAACUAAGAUUCGGGUGAAAUAAAAUAAAAUCGUAUGAAAUAAACUCAUUUUAUAAUUAUAGAAGGUAACAAUGAAGAAUAGUUUACACAAAACAAAUUUGUACACCUUCUGAGAUUCAUUCAUUUCAUUUGAUCCAUCAACGCCUUUUUAAGUAGCAGCAGGAAUUGCCUAAAAACUUUUAUUAAAAUACAUAUCAAAGCUCAUAGAAGAAACAUAAACGAAGCUAACUAAAAUAUUUACAAAAAAAUAUAUGACACGAAUCUUUAUGAAACUCUCAUAAGUAGCUAUGAAGCAUAUGCCAACCCAACUAUAAACUCACAAAACUAACAACACCCAAGUAUUUUAGAUAAAAUGUAUGUCCACAAAUGCUGGCAAGCUUUGUUGGUCAAUUAAGAAACAAAUACAAAACCCAAAAAAGCACGAUCUAAUUCAAAAACAAAAAAACUUAAAACCUAAACCAAAUUUAAACCUUGUGAUAAUGAACACAAACAAAAAUCCUAAAUUUAAAAACGAACCUUUGCAUACGAAGUUUUAUUGCAAUUAAUUGAGAGCAGGUUAUUGAGGGCCACGGUUACCAAUUGUUUAAAUAAUAUUACCUAUAUAGAACACAAUAUGCGUAUACACGAAAUGCUUUUUGCAAAUAAAUACAUUUAUGAAUUUAGAGAUUUGUAGAUUUUUGGGAAAUUUUCUUUUCGCCAUUUUGCAAGCUCUUCGCAGUUAAUUCUCAUUUAGCAAAAAAGAAAUAUAUAUAACUAAAUAGCAAUUACGAGAAGGAAAACCCAAAGACAAGGACAAUCUUUUUGCAAUUUACAAAAACGAAAAAGUUAAUCUGAGUAAAAGGAAAUGCUAGGUCAUCUUUCAAACAAGCAAUGCCGAUUAAUUCAGAAUCCUUUUUGUAUAAUUAGCUGCUUAUAUAGAACACAAAAAAAAACUGAACUCCAAAUUCAUCGCGUCCAAUGACAAAUGUUUUUGUUGCGCAAAUAUAGUCAAGGGUAUGAAAUGUGAGUGGAAUUUGCUGAAUAUGUGGCCAAUAUAAGGAAUGUACAAAUUAAAUACGAUAAAGAUGGACCCCAAGAAACUAUAUUCGAUUCGUUCUUUGAACAGCUUAACCAUGUAACUUCGUUAAAUGUUAGUUAGCAAUCGAUUUGAGUGAAGGUGCCUUCUUUGAGAGAAUUAAAAACUUAUUGAUUGCUUAGAUGGUUUCAGGCGAAACACAGUUUUUGUUUUUAUGGAUGGAAACCCGACGUAUGUAUGUAUGUGCUCUAUAAGGAUUUCUGUUUGGGAUUGUUUUUAACUCCUCACAAGCGAAACUGCUGAUAAAAUGAAGUAGAAGCUAAUCCAAAGACCAGUAACAUUACAAAAAUGUAUUUAAAUAAAAAUCAAAGCAAAGCCAUAAAAGUUCACACUUAAAAAAGCAUUAAUGAAAUUAGCAAACAAGAAAAUUAUUAAAAAAAAGAGAUUUCAAUCUGUUACAUUUGAUCAAAAAAACACUUUUUAAAUUGUCAUUACUCCAAAGCUUUAUAAUUUCUAAAUGCUAUGAACGAAAUGUAAAUACUAAUGUAUCAAGACAGUUAGCAGUUAAUUCAUUUUAUCGAAUAACUUUAAACUAAUUUCUUUAUAAACAAUAUUUGCUAAAUCCAUGACAGUCCAACUGAACUGUUUGCUAGAGAUUUGUUAAAAAAUUAUAUAUCUGAAAUACGUUUAGAAAAAGAAAAAAAAAACAAGUUAAGCCAUUGGGACAAUUUGUGUUGUCCAAUUUAUUUCACAUACGAGUAGAUUUCUUAAAGAUCAAUUACAAAAAAACCGAAGUCCCCACAAUGCUACCAAACGUAAUAAUUAUAAUAACAACUUUUUUAUAAUGCACAAUAUUGAGCAUAAUAAAACCGAUUUAUUAACAAUGCAUUCCCAAAACGAACAUCAUGUAAAUACACCAAGUACAUAAAACAAGUGAAAAACUAGUUAUAAACGAGUAAAUAUUUGAAAAAAACGAUAAUUUGGAAAACAACAAACCAGAAAACUAAUAAACAAAGCAGCUUCGCAUUAAUAAAGAUCGUCUCAAUCAGAAA